UAAUUUUAAUAUGAACCUAAUUUGCAUACUAACGUAUCUUGUUGCUGUCGCUUUAUUAGUUUGUGCUGACAAAGACGAUAAGGCAUCAGCUGUUACUUACCAUGAAGUUCAACUUGAACCAGUGGGAGAGAUUUCACCUAAGCUGAAGAUUGGAAACCGUAGUGAAGUUAUACCUAAAGCUGUUCCUAGAAGACCAGGAUUCGGUGUCAGUCGUAUUGUAAGGGGAGACAUUGCAGCUCCGGAAAAGUAUCCUUAUCAUGUUGGUAUUAUUGUUGGCCUUGGAAAUGGUUGGUAUGCCUUUUGUGGAGGAACCCUUAUCGGGAACGAAUGGAUAGUAACUGCUGCUCAUUGCACUAGCGGAGCUCAAACAAUCGAAGUGCGCUUGGGAAGUGUUAAUUUUGAUACACCAUUAAGGGUUUCUUGGGGCUAUCAAAAUCAUAUACACCCUAAUUAUGGUAAAAAAAAUGGAGAUAUUGCCUUGGUUAAAAUACAAUGGGUUGAUUACAAUGUCAAUAUGGCGCCAGCCGCUCUGCCACCAUUAAAUGGUUAUCAAAAUCCGUAUACAGGUGCCCGAGUUGUAGCUACUGGAUGGGGAGCUACCGAUGACCAUGGUGGAAAGGGCAAUCUCCUUAAGUACAGCGUUAUGUCAAUUAUCGAACCACAAGAGUGCGCAAACGUUUAUGGACCAAAUGGAAAAGACCCUGCAAUAAUGUGCACAAGUACAAAGAACACUGGUGCUACAUGCUCCGGGGACUCGGGAGGCCCCUUGGUUUUAGAAAACACACGACUUCUUCUUGGUGUUACCACCUUUGGAGCAGCUGGUAAUUGUGCUGGAGGUUUGCCUGACGGAUUCUCUAGGAUAACUUUCUAUUUAAGCUGGAUUAAAGAUGUGACAGGAAUAUCUUGGUAAAGAAUCAUUUAAAUAAAGAACAUUGAACAUUUAUAUAAUUA